AUGGUGGGCCGCGAUUUAACACGCCUACCGCGUCGUGGAAUGAUUGAAGCAGAUCGUGCUAAAAUUGUUCCAUAUGGCCCCAAUGGAACAUGCCCUGCUGCCCAAACAACAACUUUCGAGGUUCGCCCGUUGUAUUUCAGCGACUUCAUCCCCACAAAUACGAUCAUUGAUCCUUUCCGAGAUGGUCAUCAGGUCACUGUCACCAACGCGCCCACCGUAGUGGUCAUCUUGUCUUAUAUCACAACAACCAUAACUCCGACCAACUCACCUGUGAAUCCGACGCCCCGGCCAACCAUUAUCUCGAGUGCUGCGAGCAGUGGGCCGAAUAACCAUUCACCUUCAACCUUCUCUCCAUUAAGCACCACCCUGCCUGUCUCUUCGAGUUCGAGUGUAUCUGAGAAAUACUCUUCAGCACCACAACCCGAUUCUGACCAGAAUCCUCCCGUACUUUCCGGUCUCGUUGGUGGAGCGAGCAGCACCUCCAGAAAUCUAGAAACGACUUCCUUCACACCGACACCUGGAAUUUCCCUUCUGGGUACCCCGGCGAGCACCAACGCAGAGAUACCAUCAUCCCAGAUCACUUUAGCAAGCUCCUUAGAUUCAGAGUUGAGCACUAGCGUUCCUACUCAGAUAACACUUCCUCCGUUGACUAUUGGUGCUGGUAUUCCCGCGGGAUUUGUAACGUCGCUGCCUUCCUCCAGCCCUAUUCUCUUGGCUCUGGAUGACUUGCAGAUCGACAGACAACCCCAUUGGGCACAUUUCAAACGCCAAAAUACCAUGCCCGACCAGGCUCCAGCAGUCACUUCGGCUUCAACAAUAUCUGUGGUCAAUCUAGCCACAGCUACUUCGCCUGGAACUGCUACCACAAGUGUAUCCAAUGGUGAAUAUACAUUACCCCCAGAUAAUUGUGACGAUGCUACUCCAUUCAUUCUCAGCGAUGGCUUGCUCCUGCACAAUGGCGCGCCCGUUGGCAAGUUUUUUGGAGCCACUACAGCCCUUCUAGGAACACUAGAUGAUGAUGCACCACCAGACCAGGGUGCAACAGACAGCCUUCGUCAACCCUUCGCUCAUGUUGUCGGCAACCCAAGUGUCGAGAACAACGCGAUCAAGACGAACCACGUCAACAGCAACAGUGAUUAG